GGAAGUCUCACUCUCUCUUCCUGUUCUCCACCAUGACGCAAGAUCAGGGUGAAAAGGAGAACCCCAUGUGGGAAUUUCGUAUCUGCAAGCUCUGCCUCAAUAUCUGCGUGGGGGAGAGUGGAGACAGACUGACCCGAGCAGCCAAGGUGUUGGAGCAGCUCACAGGCCAGACCCCUGUGUUUUCCAAAGCUAGAAACACCUUCAGGUCCUUUGGCAUCCGGAGAAAUGAGAAAAUCGCUGGUCACUGCACUGUCCGUGGAGCCAAGGCAGAGGAGAUUCUGGAGAAAGGCCUGAAGGUGCGAGAGUACGAAUUAUGGAAGAAUAACUUCUCAGAUACUGUCAAUUUCAGCUUUGGGAUUCAGGAACACAUUGACCUGGACAUCAAAUAUGACCCCAGCAUUGACAUCUAUGGCUUGACUUUCUAUGUGGUGCCAGGUAGGCCAGGUUUCAGCAUCGCAGUACAGGCUGCACUGGGGUCAAACAGAAUCAGCAAAGAGGUGGCCAUU